GAUUAAAAAAAGACCACUUUACAAAGGUAUCAACUUUAUUUUAUUCACAAUGACUUAUAAAAAAUAUAUAAUAAUAAUAUACAAAGAAACAGCUAUUUACAUGAAUAAUAAUAAUAACCGUCACCACGUAGACUAUACUUAGUCUGGCCAUAAAUACUGUCACAAUUUAAAAAAAGAAAGAAGAAGAAAGAGAAAGGUAUUAUACACUACUCGCACGUCUCAUUUAACGGUUUUAUUCCACGGACUUUUUCUUACGGUUUUACUAUCACAUUUUUUUCAGUUCGGUCGCACAGCAAAAUCCCUAUCUUCCCCAAGCCUGCCGUAAGGAACUUCGUUCCAAUAACAUUUUUACAAUUUUUGUCUGUCUGUCUGUUUGUUCCGGCAAAUCUCUGGAACGGCUGGACCGAUUUUGUUGAAACUUUCACUAAUAGGUAGCUGAUGAUAUAAGGAGUAGGUUCGGCUACUUUUUUAGACUAGCUUCGCCCCGCGGCAUCACCCGCAGUUAUUGUCGUACUGCGCGCAACAUGGCGGGACUCGCCUAUCAAUAAUAAAAUGUAAUGUUUCCGAAGCGAAGCGAGGGCGGGUCGCUAGUGUUACCUAAAGCUGUCUUGUGGUAGGCACGAGCUCUGGUUCGAUAUCUCAGACGGUCAUUGUAGCUGAUCGUUUGAUCUCAUAUCUAGAGAAAGAACCGAGAUGGCUAAUAUUUACGCAAUAUCAAUAUUUGCGUCCCUUUUACUCCAAGUGCUAGCUGAAGAGACAGCAACGUUGAAAACACAACCAGCUACCGACAGAUUCGUGAAGAUAUUAGAAGGAUUGGGCCUAGAUUUUCAGCAGGAUAGCAGCCUCAUCGAAGCUCCCAGUUUCCUUUCAUCAUUAUUCAAGCAAGAUGAAAACGAUGAAGGUGGAGGUGGACUCUUUGAGAAAAUCGCCCAACCCUUACAAGGAGGAACGCUCAAUGACAUUAUAGUUCCCGUGCUGCCCUUCCUAAAGCACGUGCUCACGUUCGUAGUGGUGCCCAUGGGUCUGGAAGCGCUGAGUCUAAUCACGCUAGUUCCAGUAAUGACUCGAGCCAUUCCCGGGGUGAUCGACUAUUUCUUCAGCAAACCGCAACCUACCAUACAAUACAAACCGAUACAUCACUUUAGACCAGCCCGCCCUUAUCACCACUUCGCAGCCAGCAACAUCAGACCCUCGACUGUGUACCCGCCCUCUCAUAUCAGCAACAUUGAAAGACCAUAUAAACAUAGAGAUUGGAACCAAUAUAAUCAAGUACCACCGAAUCCAGAACAAAGUCACAAAACAAUCCACGAUUACGAAAGAGAUAAACUACAGAAAAUUUAUCGUCAGAAUAAUAAUAAUAUUAAUCUUUACGCGCAUAAAGAACCAAAUAGAAUCAGAAAUAAAGUCGUUUAUAAAUACGAGGAUGAAUUUAAACUUUUAAAUCAAUCAACAAAGCCAUUAAGAAUCAAUCAGCCAAAUAAACUUAGUCGGCCGGGUUCAGCUUACAGAAAUACAGAAUUAAAAACGAAAAUAUUCCCAAAUAGCCCUACGAAAUACUUUAAUAAGGAUUCCAAGGAUGGUUACUUCCACGUUCCAGUCGAAUUUGACAACUGGCAGGCUCUGACAGCGACUGCUAAAAACCAUUCUAAUGUCAAACCCAGCAAAGACAUAAAAGAUAGAUUAAAAACUAUAGCCGAUAUGAGUUAUAAAAAAGUUGCUAACAGAUUCAAAGUUCAAGGAGACGAUGGCAUAGGACCUUUCGUUCUUGAAAGCUCUUCAACUGAUGACAAUACUCUACCAAAUAAUGGUAAUUACAAAAGAAAUAAUUCGAAAAGAAAAGGCGUCGCUUUUGAAGCCACGACUGAUUUGUAUUCUAAAUUCUACGGGCUUGAUGAAGAGGCAGAAAAAAAGUAUGGAUCCAGUGGAAUUUCGUAUACAGAAUACGAGAUAGGACCAUUGGAACUCGCCUUUAAGAUGAACAAGAGCUGACCAAGAAAUAACAUAAAGAAAACCUCACCGAUAAUUGAAAACUGAACAUUAUAUUGCAUUAAAUAUGCUAUUGUUACAUUUACAAUAUCCACUGUAAUAAGAAAACUGUACAGAAGAGAACUGUAAAAACUAUUUUUAUCUAAUCAACAUACACCAUAUUAAACCACCAACAAAUUCA